CUCCGCUGCUCGGUUUGUUUUCCGGGUGAUGCUGCUCUUCUCUUCAAAGCAGAGGAAAGUCGGGGGCUCAUGUGUCAACAUCCAGGGUUUCCCCGGGGAGGCGUAACGUUAACGUUAUUCCAAAAAAAAACCUGACGUUCCUUUGAGGACCCUUUUUAUUUCUUUUAGCCUGUUCAUCCUAGGAGGCCGCGGUGUUUCUGACCUGAAAGACCAGAAGACGAUCUUCGGCUCCUGCUGCUUUGACGUUAGCUAACGUUAUUGUAAACGAUGACAGAGUACAAAGUGCGAAUAGCGUCUCCAAUCAUUUAAUAAUAUCUGGGGACCUGUUAGCUUAGCCAGCUAGCCUGGUAAUUCGAUUAGAGCAAGGAAACAGACUGAAACACACUGCUGACAUGAUGUUUCCUCAAUCAAGGCACUCGGCAUCCUCUCAGUCCAGUCAACCUCUCAAGUUCACCACUUCUGACUCCUGUGACCGCAUCAAGGAUGAGUUCCAGUUCCUCCAAGCACAAUACCACAGUUUGAAGUUGGAGUGUGAUAAACUGGCCUCUGAAAAGUCAGAGAUGCAACGUCACUAUAUCAUGUACUAUGAAAUGUCCUAUGGGCUGAACAUUGAAAUGCACAAACAGGCUGAAAUAGUGAAGAGACUGAAUGGGAUUUGUGCUCAGGUGCUGCCUUACCUGUCACAGGAGCAUCAGCAGCAAGUGAUGGGCGCCAUUGAGAGAGCCAAGCAGGUCACACCGCCUGAGAUGAACUCCAUCAUACGGCAACAGCUCCAGGUGCAACACCUGUCCCAGCUCCAGGGCCUGGCCUUGCCUGUGACCCCGCUUCCCCUGGGCCUGACCCCUCCCACACUGCCCGCCGUCUCCUCCAGCUCCGGCCUGCUCUCCCUCUCCUCCAUCCUGGCCAACUACUCCCACGGCCAGGCCCAGGUGGUGAAGGAGGACAAAGCCCGGGAAGCCGCAGAGAGGGCACCCAGAGGAGAGGACGGGGACAAGUCAGACUAGUGCCGACACAGUGUGGAGGUUUGUGGAGGGGGAUUGUUAUGGGGUGAAGUGUCGAGAAAAAAAAAAAAAGAAAGGUGAAACUGUAACUGUAAAUGGAGAUUGAUGUAAGUCUGGCUGCCUGUCUGCUGAGUGUUGAUGUAGAAGAGUAACUGCAGGGAUGAUGACAAGCAGAGAGGACGGAGUUGAAGCUUUUGGAUGUGUAGAGAAUGAAACUGCUGAAUGGCUGAGAUUGAGAGUUCUUAUUAUUUAGUGGUAAUAGACUCAGUUCAGGCUUCUAGACUUUAAAUAUAUGCUUUUUUUUUUUUUUUAGUGUAAGCCACUGUUGUUAGGCUUAACCAAGAUAAAUGUUUUCCCAUUUGGAGAGAGAGCUGAGGAUGAAAGCUAACAGCAGUCUCCCUUACAUGGAUCUGCCUCUCACAGGUUUAUCUUUCCUACUUCUUGUUGUUAUCAGAUCUGUAUUCUAUGUUUUUUUUUUUUUUUUUUAGUCCCUCUGAUUGUUUCUAACUGGCCCCUGUCUGCCAGUCACAGUAAGCAGUUUUAACAACAUCUCAGUUCCCUGUAACUCAAAUCACCUUUUUCCAAAAUGUUGACUGGAGCUGUUUGGACAGUGAUAUUGUGCAUUUAUGUACUUGGAGCCAAAUUAAAUCUUACCAAGAUGUUAAAUGGGAUGUUUUAAAGGGACAUUUCACUUGUCAGGUGCAUUCAAACCCUUCAAAACCUAAACCACCCGUUUUCAUAUGACCAACCACUGGAUGCAUUACCUUAGCUGUGUACCUCAGUCCCAAAUAAAUGGGAUUUUAUUCCAUGAAAAACCCUAUAGUUUGUACAAAUGGUAGUAUACCCAGCUUUGGGGUUAAUUUGUGUUUCAUAGGCCUAGCUACUGCUGCUGCUACACGCGCUACAUGGCAUGGACCAUGACUCGUCUUUAAAGGACAAGAAUUUACGCUCUGAAAAAAAUUGACUUUAUUUUGACAUGUUGUUUUCGUGAAGUAAAAGACAGGCUAUAAUUAGUCUAUAAUUGUCUGUGUGUGCUCGAGUGAAUGUGAUUGGAUAGAAGAAAACACUUGCUUAAUUUAAUUUUUUUUUUUUUUGAAGCACCUUUUGUAUUUUCCUCACCUCCCUGCAUCAGCCCUGUCCCCUUAUUGGUCCACUCUUAAAACAAACUUGAACAGGAUCUACAAUUCAGAACCAGAUGGUUGUAACCAACAGAUGAGUACUGUAUUUCUGUAAGUUAGCAGCACUUCAGUUUGUACUGAGACUGUCUCAAGCACUUGUCUUUUCCUAUCUUGUGUGUGACUGUAAGGGGAUGGGGUCUUCCCUUUUUUUCGUUUUCCCAUUGUUUUGAUGAAGAAUGUGUCCUGGGUGAGUUGCUAAAGCUCUGUAAGCAACAGCAAACAUGUGUUCCUUGCCUCAGAAAAAAACUGAUUUUAUUACAAACAGAAUUUGUGCUGACAACCAAAUUCUUGUACCCUUUUGCAUUAAAAAAAAAAAAAAAAAAAAAAAAAAAAAAAAAACAGGCUGGUGUUUAUAUUCAGAACAUUUUCAAACAAAAGCUGGGUCCCAACUCCAUACUGAAUAUUACUUCUAUAAAGUAUAUACUAACUACUUAUCUGGGUUGUAUACUUAUCUUGUAGUUCACGUAUAAGACAUGAAAUGCAGUUUUGUAUUAACAGGAAAUAAUAUGAGAUGUGUGCUAACAGAUGUCCGUUAGCAACUCUGGAUAGCCACUGCCAGUUAAACUUAACAUAAUAAGAGCAACAUUUUCUUUCCAGAUAUUGCUUACUUUUUUGUUUUCUGAUAUGUUAUCUAAUUACCACAGUACACACAUUUAUUUCCAUGUUUCAAUUAUACAUUAAAAAAAAUUAAGUUUUUGUAUGCAUAACAGCUGAACAGAGGUCAUUGCUUUGAACAUUGUGAUUUUCCAUGAUGUGCAUUUGCCAUGUCAAGAUGUAUAUUAACCAUAUUGCCCAUCUAUAGCCUUAUAAUCAGACCGAAUUGCCAUUGCAAAAAUCAGACAUUCACUCCGUUAUGUCCAUUUUUUACAUAAUUAUCACCUCUUUCAAUUUUUUUGUCAGGGUCAGACAACAUGUCGUACAUAAUAGUUGUUUCAACAUACCCAACCCUUAUUCUAAGCAGGUUUUAAGUAUGUAGUGUGUUCAUACUGGAAAUGAAACUAAAUAAAUUCUAUACAAAAUAGUCGUGCCCACAAAAAAAAUUGAGUUGUGAGUGUACUGCUGAUGGACACUGUUGUCCUAUAUUGCAGUGCACCAAGUAAACAGAAGCUGGUCAUAGUCAUAAAAAUAAAUGAGUAAAUAAAUAAAACUAGUUGUUGAUGGUGGUGAAAUAGCUCAAGGAACACCUCAGAAAACGUAUCUAUGGGAAGACAUUUUUGCAGUCUUAGAGCUAUAUUUGCAGGGGUUUUCUAAAGUCAGUUAAAGUGACAUCUGACAAAGUGAGUGGUGUAUCUCUUCUUGUUAGUAUAAAACUGCAAUAUAAAAACUGUAGUUGUUAGUAUAAAAGUAUACUGAUUUCUUGAAAAAAAAAAAAAAAAGGUAUAAUCUAAAAGUACAUAUUGUAUGCAGUUAGCAUGUUGUAUGGAAUUGGGACACAGUCUGAGAAAUGGGAAUGUUCAUGUUUUAGGCAGCAGAGGGCAGCAGUGCUCUCUCACUGGUCAUUGGUAUAAAGGCACUCGCAAGCCUGACAUCCACUAAACAUCUAAAGAGGUCCAGGUCAGUUUGUUGUGUUCACAUUAUUGUCAGCGCUGUUCUCUUCAUGUCUUCAUUUUCUGAGUGUGGGCCGAGUUGGUACACUGCAGGUGUUAGCUGUUACUCCCCAGUAAUGUGAGCGCUUUCCAGAGCUUUGACAACCCACCUUUAAAUGUCUGAGCACGUCCGAGAUUGGCGCUUAAACCUUUUCUCUCUGUAUUUUAAUUUGAAAAGCACUUAAGUUGUGGCUCAGUGCUCUUUUGUGUUUUUUUCUUCUUCUUCCUGUCUGUGCUAGUGUUGGGGAGCUGUACGGUUUCCCUCCCAGGAGAUUUGACUUUAAUAUAUUGAGUGUGAGAACAGAUCAGUUAGUCAUUUGCACUCUUUAUGCUGACGUCGGUCUCUGUAGAAAACCUCCUUUGGCAAAACUCAGACAUAUGAAUGGUAUGUGUGUUUGUUUUUGCUGUGAAGGGCCAAUUUGUAUACAUAUGAAUAUAUCAAUAUACAUAUUUUUUAAAGCAUUUUUGUAUGUUUCAAAGCUGCUUUUUAAUGUGUGUGUAUCAUGGAAGACUUAAGUGUUGUAUGUGUGCAUUAUAAGCCUACAGUAAGAGAGGCACAAUGUUGUAUACCAUGUCGUUUUUUCCUGUUUUUUCUCUCCCAUUCUCUCAGUAGGCAGUAACACUUAACAUUGUUUUCUAGGUUUGUAAAUGUUUUAUCCUUUUUUUGUGCAAACAAAAACCAGUUUAAUGUGUUGAUGAACACAGUUUCAAUUUAAAAAUACCUGGGGCAAAAAAAAAAAAAAAAUGUAAACAAGCAACUGUGUACUCCUAAUGAGAAUGAAUCAACCUUUUAGCAGUAAGGAAGCUUCUCUGGUGCCUUACAAAUAAAAGACGUGAUUGAGA